GUGAACCGGCCUAAAAUGGCGUCGGCGUCGGCGUGGAUGCUCGCCCUCGCCGCAGCUCGACAGGCGACGGGACUCGAAGAGGCAACAGCGGGCCUGCAGCGGCUCGUUUUCCAGCCAGAGGUCUUUGCCCUGGAGAACUGCAGCUGCGUGCGGCGCCACGGCGGCGCAGCAUUGUCACGCUUCUACCACCUCGACUAUAGGAAUGCAGCUCGUAGCGGGCUAAACCACCAGAUAUCAAAUCUGCGCGCGAUCCUCGCCGAAGGGCUCGGCCUCGGCCGCGCGGUAUUGCUCGGGCCCCCGUCGCUGACUCGGAAUCACAAUCUUGACCGACCCUUCCUUUUUAACCGAUGGGGCGACUUCAUCUCGUUUGAACGAUCGUCGUUCCGCAUCGAAGAGCGGCACAAGACGGUAUGCGAGGGCACGCUCGCGUCCUGCGUGGCCGACGUGUCGGACGCCCAGCUCGCCCAGCUCGUGGAGGCAAAGCACGAGAGUCUUGGCUACCACGACGGCCCUGUUUCCGACAUGCAGAACGCGGUCCCGGGGCUCCUUCGACGCCGGCCCGCGCCGCCCGUCGACCGCGUCCCAGAUAGGCUCAACCUUUUUCGCAGGCUGCCCAACAUGACGAGAUUCAUUGGGCAUCAUCGGCUCGUGGCGAGCUUCGUCCCGAGCGACAAGGUCCUCGGCGCUGUGCCCUCCGUUGUGGAUCGCCUUCGGGCGCUCUCGAAGACUGGCGUCGCUGCCGUCGUUCACUGCCGCCGCGGCGACAAGAUUACAAAUAGCAAGUAUUGUCCAGCUCAGAUGGACAAGGCGACGUCUCCGGCGCGCAUCGCCGAGGUCCUUGACCAAUCCGGCAUAAAGCCAGGCUCGGCUAUCUAUAUCAUGUCGAACGAGCUCAACCUCGCCCAUUUCGACCCGCUGCGCGACGUCUACGGCUACCACUUCCUCACGCAGGCGGUGUUCUGUGUGGAAAACAUCCAGUGAGUCGGGUUAACGUUAAUUUCCACAGGCGGCAUUUCCGCAUCUCGCGGACCUCGUAUCCUCCUGUCGUAAUCCCGAGGCUCCCGGUUACUGCGAGAACUACCUUCUUUUUGCCAUUGAAAAGCAAAUCUUACACGCGUUCCCAAAAGAGCAGCGCUUCGUGACCCUGGGCAUCAAGGGUGAGGAGCACAACCCCGUCACGCUGUAUUCCAAGUUCGGAAAGGAGUGCAGGCCGGGAUGACUCGGCCUGGCCCCAUUAAUAAUUUUCCUUCCUGGCCCGGGCUCCGUCUAGAGAGACGCCAGCUUUGCCUGUCUGCCAUCGUCUGCCAGUUGGGCCUAUCAACUUGCCAGUCACGGCCCGGGUGCCAGUGACUCCGAGUCUGCGAUAAAUAGGGCGAAAUACCCCUAGCUCCCGGGCCGCGGCAGACUAUCUCAGCCGCCGUACUCCCAAAGGUGCGUACUCCUCUGGU